AAAUGACGUUUCUCGUUUAUUUUGUUGACUUCUAAUCUUUAACAAGAAAACUUGUACAAUAUGGGAAAUGUGGACACGAAAUUAAAUUUUAGAAAGGCCGUGGUCCAACUAACAUCAAAAUCUGAGCCAAUAGACGCGAAUGACGAGUCUUUCUGGGAGCAGUUUUGGUCAGAGAAUGUAUCCAAUGUCCAGGACAUAUUUACCUUAGUGCCAGCCGCAGAAAUUCGACAAUUACGAGAAGAUGCUCCGUCGAAUUUAGCCACGUUAUGUUAUAAAGCUGUUGAAAAGUUGGUAAAAGCUGUUGACAGUAGCUGCAGAACCCAGCAUGAGCAACAAACUGUUUUAAAUUGUACAAGGUUGCUUACGAGGAUUUUGCCAUAUAUUUUCGAGGAUCCUGAAUGGAAGGGUUUCUUUUGGUCUUCUCUGCCCAGUCAGGGGGAGGACGACGACGAAUCUGUGCCGUUGGCACAAUCUCUUUUGAAUGCUGUCUGUGAUUUACUGUUUUGUCCAGACUUUACAGUAUUAGCGAGUAGAAAAAGCGGCCCGGAUAAAGCGGAGGAGUUGUCAGCGAUAGACAGUUGCGAGUACAUAUGGGAAGCGGGUGUGGGAUUUGCCCAUUCUCCUCCUAGAAAUCCGACGUUCGACACCAACCGGACAGAACUUUUAAAGCUUCUCCUGACUUGUUUCAGCGAGACGAUGUACCAGCCACCGGCCGACAUUGCGCAGAACCCAAAUAAGUGGAUAUUGCACUUAACUUCGGCUGAAAAUCGACACGCCCUGCCGAUGUUCACGUCCCUGUUGAAUACAGUGAGUGCCUAUGAUCCAGUGGGUCUGGGGGUUCCGUACAAUCAUCUGUUGUUUAACGACUCUCUAGAGCCCCUGGUUGAGGCUGCCUUACAAAUACUUAUCGUAACGUUAGACCAUGACACCAGCUCGUCUACUCCAGCCGAAUCUGAAGAUUUGUCGGUUCCAGACAAUCUCUUCAUCAACUAUCUGUCUCGAAUACACAGAGACGAAGACUUCCAUUUUAUUCUAAGCGGUGUUACUCGUUUACUGAACAACCCGCUGCUUCAGACCUAUUUGCCGAAUUCCACGAAAAAGGUGCAUUUUCACCAAGAAUUGCUGGUUUUCUUUUGGAAGAUGUGCGACUACAACAAGAAAUUUUUAUAUUUCGUGUUGAAAAGUAGCGACGUUUUGGAAGUUCUGGUUCCUAUCCUGUACCACCUGAACGAUUCCAGAGCUGAUCAAUCCCGUGUAGGACUGAUGCACAUCGGCGUCUUCAUAUUGCUUCUGCUCUCUGGCGAGAGGAACUUUGGAGUGCGACUCAAUAAGCCCUACACCGCGACCGUACCCAUGGACAUCCCCGUAUUCACCGGCACCCACGCCGACCUUCUGAUCAUAGUUUUCCACAAAAUCAUCACCACCGGCCACCAACGCCUGCAACCGCUCUUCGAUUGCCUUUUAACUAUCCUAGUCAAUGUGUCCCCGUACCUCAAGACGCUGUCGAUGGUGGCCAGCACCAAGCUGCUCCACCUCCUGGAGGCCUUCAGCACGCCUUGGUUCCUAUUCUCGGCCUCCUCCAACCACCACCUGGUAUUCUUCCUGCUAGAAAUCUUCAACAACAUCAUCCAGUACCAGUUCGACGGCAAUUCCAAUCUCGUCUACACCAUCAUCCGUAAACGGCAGGUGUUCCACAGCCUGGCGAAUUUACCCAGCGACUACGGCACCAUAGCCAAGUCGAUGAAUAAACGAACUAGAUCCCGACUGACCAGUUCGACGAGUCACGAGAAUGUGGCCGAGGUAGCCAUGGAGGGAUCCCACCCGGCCUUACCCGCGGAACCGGGGACGUUGAAGGCUACUUUGCCCGACACGCCCCAGAUCGGGCAGAUGACCGAGAGGGAAUCCGCUCAUCCCUCGAUACAGCAGGUGGAGACCCUGCAACUGACCAACGGCAUGGCUGCUGUUACUUUGAACACGCCCUCUAAGACGUCCGUCACUAUCGGAAAUGAAAGCAAGAGCGCGAACAAAGACGUUUCCCCAGAAGGCAAGGAAAGCAAAAGUACGACUGCUUCGGAAUCGUCUGCCUUUUCAAGAAGCGUAAAUACGCGUAACAGCCUACGGAUCAGUGGUCCGAGUGAAGGUCAGAACGGGCAGUGGGUUCCCACGGGAGAAUGGGUCCACUCGUGGAAAUCCAAGCUACCUCUGCAGACCAUCAUGCGGCUCUUGCAGGUGCUGGUGCCUCAGGUUGAAAAAAUUUGCAUCGACAAGGGUUUGACGGAUGAGAGUGAGAUUCUGCGGUUCCUCCAGCACGGUACACUCGUCGGGUUGCUUCCGGUACCCCACCCGAUACUGAUUAGGAAGUAUCAAGCCAACGCUGGCACCACGACCUGGUUCAGGACUUACAUGUGGGGGGUGAUAUAUUUACGCAAUGUUGAUCCGCCCAUAUGGUACGACACCGACGUUAAACUGUUUGAGAUUCAGAGGAUAUAGAUUUCGUGUAAUUUUCUUAGGUGUAGUUUAAGUUAUUUAUUGUUGUUUUCGUUGUAAUAUCUUAAUUUAAUUAAAGCUUGACACCAUUAAAAAAAUUUUAAAAAAAAGUAACCGUGGUAAACCAAAUAAUUUUGAGGGGCUCGAAGUUUAAGGCGUAAUUUGCUAGUGAGAAUAAUUGUAUAGGUUGUUUUCGAGUUUCCCGAAAAAAAAAAAAUGCUUCUGUAACAUUUACAAGUGUCUUAUCGUUAAAAUUAAUAUGCAUUUAUGAUUAAGACUGUAUCGGAAGAACCGAAAGAGAAACGCUGUAACACAGAAAAUGUAAUUUUGUAAUUCAGUUACCAUAUCGUGAUGCAUCGUGCAAUUUUCCAGUGAUUAGGGACAUUCCACUUAAAUUAUAUGAAUAUCGGAUAUAAUCAAAACUGUGAACCAUUGUUAUAGAUGUCUAAUUUUUAUUAAAGAUUGUACUAGUGCUAUUAAAGUGAUGAAAAUGA